AAAAGGGUAGAAUACCCGCCAAUAGCCGCCGAACGAGUCAUGCCCGAGUCAUCUUCAACUCAAUGUGCAACCGAGUUCAUCAUAUUAAGCUCUCUACAAUCAUACUCCCGAGAAUCGCAUCCUUACUCCCUUUCCAACGCCGCCGAAGCUUCGCCGCCGUAACUGCAUCUCAAAUCCUAGACCGCGAGCCUCAAUCAACUCCCGAGAAUCGCAUCUACAAUCAUCUUUUAAAACUCUGUCUGCUGCAAUGCAAGCAAAUUCAGUCCCGCCGGAUAUUCGACGAAAUGCCGCAAAGAGUGGAGUUUGCUUCGAGGAAGUGCAAGAUUAUCCAUGGUCAAAGCUUGAAACAUGGGUUUGCAUCAGAAGGUUUUUUGGGGAAUGCGAUUGUGGAUUUGUAUGCAAAAUGCGGAGAUAUGGGUUCGGCCGAGAGCGCCUUUUCGCGGCUUGAAAGGAAGGACACUUUGGCAUGGAACUCAUUGGCAUCAAUGUAUUCGAAGCAGGGGCUGUUGGAAAACGUUGUAGAUGUAUUUCGGUGUAUGCAGAGCAGUGGCUCGUCGCCGAAUCAGUUUACUUAUGCCAUUGUUUUAUCAGCUUGUGCUAGGCUGAUGGAUGUUGAGCUGGGGAAACAAGUGCAUUGUAGCGUUUUGAAGAGAAGGUAUGAGUUCGAUUCAUUUACGGAAGGUUCUCUGAUUGAUAUGUAUGCAAAAUGCUGUUGUUUGGCUGAUGCUAGGAGGGUUUUUGAUGGUGUGGUGAGGCCUGACACGGUUUCUUGGACGGUGAUGAUUUCAGGUUAUGUUCAAGUUGGAUUACCUGAGGAGGCAAUGCAACUGUUUGAGGAGAUGCAGAGGCUAGGUUGUGUAAUGGAUCAGGUGGCCUUUGUGACAAUUAUCAAUGCAUGUACCAAACUAGGAAGGCUGGAUUUUGCUCAGGGAAUCUUUUCCCAGAUGCCUGAUCCAAAUGUUGUGGCAUGGAAUGUGAUGAUUUCUGGAUAUGCCAAGGCUGGAAAAGAAGUAGUAGCUAUAAAUUUUUUUCAUGAUAUGGUACGAGCAGGCAUUAAGCCCACAAGAUCAACCUUGGGAAGUGUUUUGAGUGCAAUGGCAUGUGCUGCAAAUCUUGCUUAUGGAUUGCAGGUUCAUGCUUUGGCGGUUAAACAGGGUUUAGCAUCAAAUGUUUAUGUAGGGAGUUCUUUGAUUAACAUGUAUGCAAAAUGUUCACAAAUGGAAGUUGCAAAAGAAGUAUUUAAUGGGUUGGUUGAAAAGAACGAUGUAUUAUGGAAUGCAUUGCUUGCUGGGUAUGCACAGAAUGGUAAUGCUCGUGAAGUCCUAAAUCUCUUCAUGGAUAUGAUGUUCUUUGGUUUUCAACCUGAUGAAUAUACUUACACUAGCAUUUUGAGUGCAUGUGCUUGUUUGGAAGAUUUAUAUUUGGGGCAACAAUUGCAUUCUAUCAUAAUCAAGAAUAAGUUUGCAUCUAAUCUAUUUGUGGGAAAUGCUUUAGUAGAUAUGUAUGCCAAAUCUGGAUCUCUUGGUGAUGCUAUGCAACAAUUUGAUCUAAUACAAGGUAGAGAUCAUAUAUCUUGGAAUGCGAUUAUUGUUGGCUUUGUACAGGAUGGUGAAGAAGAAACAGGUUUCAAUUUGUUUCAAAAAAUGAUGUUGGAAGGAAUCACUCCUGAUGAGGUCUCUUUGGCUAGUGUACUUAGUGCCUGUGCCAAUAAAAGAGCUCUUAAUAAAGGGAAACAGGUACAUUGUCUUCUAAUUAAAGUUGGGCUAGAAACAGGUUGUUUUGCUGGAAGCUCACUUGUUGACAUGUAUUGCAAGUGCAGUAACAUUGAGGCUGCAACUGAAGUUUUCUCUUGUAUGCCUGAAAGGAGUGUAAUCUCCAUAAAUGCUUUGAUAGCUGGCUAUGCUCAGAUAGAUACAGAACAUGCCAUUAAUCUGCUGAAGCAUAUGCUGGCUGAAGGACUAAAACCAUCAGAAGUCACAUUUGCAAGUGUUUUAGAUGUAUGCGGUGAUCAUCAUAACCUACAUCUAGGGCAGCAAAUCCAUUGUUUUAUUUUAAAGCUCGGAAUUUCCUACAAUGAUGAGUUCUUGGCAAUAUCUCUUGUAAGCAUGUAUGUCAAAUCUCUAAUGCAGACAGAUGCAAGACUCCUUUUCUCAGAGUUCCCUGAUCCAAAGAGCACAGUACUCUGGACUGCUAUGAUUUCUAGUAAUAUUAUGGUGGAGUGCACUGAGGAGGGCUUGAUAUGGUAUCAAGAAAUGCGAAAAUGUAAUGUCAUGCCCGAUCAAGCAACAUUUGCUAGUGUACUAAAAGCAUGUUCAACUUUAGCUUCUUUGCUAGAUGGUAGGAUGAUCCACUCUCUUAUUUUUCAUACUGGUUUUGACAGGGAUGAGCUCACAAGUAGUUCCCUAGUGGACAUGUAUGCUAAAUGUGGGGAUGUUCAAAGUUCAGCACAAGUAUUUAAUGAAAUGAUUAGCAAGAAGGAUAUUGUUUCAUGGAAUUCACUGAUAGUUGGGUUUGCUAAAAAUGGUUUUGCAGAAGAUGCACUAAAGGUUUUCAAUGAGAUGAAACAGACAGAUGUAAAACCUGAUGAAAUCACUUUCCUUGGUCUUCUCACUGCAUGUAGUCACGUUGGACUGGUAGCUGAAGGCCGUGAAAUAUUUGACCAGAUGACUAGCCAUUAUGGUGUUCGACCACGAGUUGAUCACUGUGCCUGUAUGAUAGAUCUUCUUGGCCGAUGGGGCUUUCUCAAGGAAGCGGAGGUGUUUAUUGACAGAUUAGACUUUGAACCUGAUGCUAUGAUAUGGGCCACAUAUCUUGGUGCUUGCAGAAUUCAUGGAGAUGGCAUAAGAGGACAGCGUGCGGCUGAAAAAUUAAUUGAGCUGGAAGCUCAAAAUUCUUCUUCUUACAUACUUCUUUCUAACAUCUAUGCUACAUCAGGUGACUGGGACAGGGUUAACUCCUUGAGAAAAGAGAUGAAAGAUAAAGGAGUCUGGAAACCCCCUGGGUGCAGUUGGAUCACAGUUGAGCAGCAAACAAAUGUAUUUGUUGCAGGCGAUAAAUUUCAUCCCCGUGCUGGUGAACUCCACUCACUUUUGAAGGAUUUGACUGCACUGAUGAAAGACAAGGGUUACGGCGGGACACAAUCUUUUUUGCAUGAUGAACACAUAGAGUAUGAGCUUUGUAGACUAUAGACCAUUUCUAGUAUGAUUAACUGAAGCUUCCAUAUUAUCGCUUGAAGAUCUGAGUGGUGGAGACAGAAAUGUUCCUCUCAUCAGAUUUAAAAAUUUUUUAUGCAUGAACCGUGUUUCAUCA